AUUCGCGAAAAGAUGUACAAGUGCAAUUUCUUGUUGCUCUCGCUGGUGCUGGCAACCAGUUCAAUAUGGUGGUCGUAUUCAGUGGCGGGCGAAACACUCACCGCGCUUAAUGCCAAGGACUUUCAAUUGGAUUUCUUGCGCGCGCUUUCCAAUCUCGCCGAACAGCGCGCGGAGCAAAGCUUAAACGAUUAUCUGCAGCAAUUGGAGCGCAAUGCGAGCUACGCCAACUACAGUGGACAACUGGCAACGGCGCUUGCCAAUCAACAGCUGCCAGCCAAGGUGUUGCUGAUUAAGCAGCUGCUCGACGCUCAGCCCCACAAUGAGCUCGACUUGGAGCACAUCUGUGUGCUGCGUAAUCUGCAUUUUCUGGGACGCCUGCAGCAGUCGAUGCGUACUGAACGUGAUGGCAGCGCUCAGGAGAUGCGCCAGCUGCGACUGCAUCGCUUGUGUCAGCAGUUUGAGCGACCACAGCAGCAGCAGCAGCAGCACACUAAGCCAGCACCCAAGCCACGCCUUAUAAAUGAACAAACUGUGGGCUCUGCCUUGCAGCAGCUGAAUCUGACACAAAGCGCAACCGCUGGCAAUAGCCUGGACCUCAAUCAAUUUGGCCAGCAGCUGUACGAGCGUGUGAAGCAUUCAGGCGCCGAGAUCAUAGAUAACUAUGUGCUCAUACUGCGUGGUCUGCUGCAGGACAUUAUAGAUGCUGAGCAUGCGGAUUUGAUAGAGAACACCACGCAGCUAGAGCGUGUGGUGAAACAAUUGGAUAACAUGCUCGCCAUACAGGACUUUUAUGAGAAGCGCCAGAGCGUCUAUGCGUUUCUGGAGCGUCAUCUGCGCACAGACAUUGAGCAACUGCAACAUGACUCCAAUGGGCAGCAACAACAUCUUAAUGAUCAACUAUUGGCACAGCUUAAGGCCAAAGGCUUGGACCUGUUUGUCAUCUUUCUGUUCAGCAACUUUGAGUUUCUGGAGCAGGUGCAUGCUCAAUGGACCCAGCUGCUGCCACAGUCACCCAGUUUGCUCUACGAUGAAGUCAGCCGACAGCUGUACGACAUACAACAGCUCUAUGAAGUUUUUAAGCUGCACACUGAGAGCGAAGUGAAGUACGAGGCGUAUACGGGCGCUUUGCGUGCAUUACACAUACGCACUGUGGAGCAGGCAACGGAGAAUCAUCACAUCUUUGAAAUGGUCAACAACGCGGCACAGAAUGUGGGCAGCAUCACCUUCAACAUGAUCAAAGCCAAGUGCAAGGAGCUGCUAUAAACGACUCUAAUUAACUUGUUUAUUAGCCUUGAAAUUACGCCAAGGCAACAUUAGCACGCUUGGCUAGGCUUAGAGUUAAGUUUAAGAUGCUCUGCCUGCUGCAUUCAAGGAAUUUCCAAUAAAACGACA